AUGUCGACUUCAUUCACGAUGAUCGGUGGUGAAGGUCCUAACAGCUACCGGGAACAUUCGAAAUAUCAGGGAGCAUUGCUUGAAGCUUCAAAAGAGAAGAUCAACGAUGCCAUCUCCACCAAACUCGACGUCGAUUUUACUUCAAAUCUCGUUAACAUAGCAGAUUUCGGUUGUUCCAGUGGUCCUAACACUUUCGUUGCGGUACAAACCAUAAUAGAUGCUGUGGAACACAAGUUUCAACAAGACACCGAGUUCCAAGUUUUCUUCAACGAUUCUUCAAACAACGAUUUCAACACUCUCUUUAAGACACUUCCUCCGGCUAGAAAAUAUUUCGCAACUGGAGUUCCGGGUUCUUUCUUUGGCCGAGUUCUUCCUAGRAGCAGCUUCCAYGUCGGAGUUUGUUCUUACUCACUCCAUUUCGUAUCCAARGUUCCCAAAGAAGUUAAAGACYGCGAUUCUCCUGUSUGGAMCAAGGACAUACAUUCCACCGGAUUCUCAAAAGAUGUUGAAAAAUUAUAUCUUGAUCAAUACAAGAUCGACGUGGGCAGUUUCUUGAGCGCUAGAGCUCAAGAGCUCGUGUCUGGGGGAUUGCUAUUGCUUCUUGGAUCAUGUCUACCAAAUGGAGUUCAAAUGUCUGAAACCGUGAAUGGAAUGAUGAUUGAUUUCAUUGGAUCUUCUCUUAAUGAAGUUGCUAAACAGGGUCUAAUAGAUCAAGAAAAGCUCGAUGCUUUCAAAUUGCCUAUCUAUCUUGCACAYGCUGAUGACUUGAAGCGAAUCAUCAAGGAUAACGGWUGUUUCACGAUCGAGGUAUYCGAAAAGAUUAGCCAUGCAAAUGRGGAAUUWCCCUUAGACCCGGAGUAUUUGACAGUCUCGUUUAAAGUCACUGUUGGAGGAAUUGUAACUUCACAAUUUGGCCAAGAUGCAAUGGAGAAAACAUAUGAGCUUGUGAAGGAAAAGACCCAAGAAAUGCUUCCUCAAAUAGCCAAAGCCAAACCCGGAAUGCAAUACCUCAUUGUGCUUCGAAGGAAUUGA